AUGCUCCUCAUCGAUGCAGAACCUCUCAAGUACAAGCAGGAUCCUGUAUUUGACAGCGAUCCUUCACUCGCAUCAUCAUCCGUUUCCACAUUGCACCAGCCUCCGCCAACAUUCGAGGAAAGUGCUGGAGACCAUGUUCUCCACUUCUCCCAGGAUGACACUUUUGCACCGCUAGGCGGUGAAGAACCACCUGCUUUUGCUCCUUAUGAUGCGCACUUCUUUACUUCGCAUUCUGGUAACAUCAUCUCCCAUGAUCCUCAUCUCAACGACGAUGGCGAAGCCCUAUACCGUUUCUUGCUUUCACAGGCCUCAGUGCCACCCACCGUCAUCUUACGAUGCAAAGGGUCUCAUGACGAAACUCAUACACGAAUGGUUCACUCGCAUCACAAUGGUCAUUCUAAGAUGAAGACUGAGCAGUAUACCGAGCGCAUAACAGACUUUGAUUUUUGCAUAGACGUAGGACAACACAUAUUCGGAGAGCCAACUCACUGGUCAUAUGCCGAUUCCACCCCUGCAUACCGGGGGCGUAUGUAUCAAGAAGUGGGCAUCUGCGAAGAGAAACGGAAAGCAAAGAAAUCGGAAAGAAAGGCAGCAAAAGUGUGGGACGCCGAGCGCGCUCGCAGGGGGUUCCCUCCGUGGAUCGGUAGUGAUUACGCAUGGAGAGAGGACCAGCCGCAUCUCAUGCAAACGAACGGUGUUCUCAAAUCAUCGUGGACAUUGCGUCAGUGGGCAGACGACUAUUGUGCUAGUCGCAAGUACUUGAAGGAAUUUAAUUACCACAAGAUUGCUUAUGGUUGGAAUUUCGAGGCCACCAGGGUUGCUGCUAUUUCUGUCGUCAAUUCUACACACUAUCGGGGUGACUUGUCCGUCCAGUUCGAAACAUCCCAAAACAUCGUAUCUAUCCGGUCGCAUAACCGCCUCUCCCGCGCUCUUUCGAACCGUUGGAUCAAGUUUCUACUCUUUCUUACGCUCAUAUACCCUUUUAUAUGGCUAUUCAAACGUUUUCACUCACGCGGUGGUGGACGCUGGGAUGUCUGUGGUGGUGCAUAUGCGCUGAAGCGCGUCGAGCCAACUGCAAAGCAAUCUGCUCCAGAUCUUGUACACUCGGAGAGUCCCUUCCGUGAUGCAUUCGAGACCGUGGACGCCACCGCCCAGGGUUCUUCCCUUGUUGACCCUCCGGGCAGACGUACAAAAGUCGUUGGAUUGCGAGAAGGAGAGUGGUUUAGGCAAUGGGAAGGAACCAUCAGAAGAGCAGUACUGAACAGACUGCAGGACAAACAACCCUUGACAACGCCUGAUGAUCGACCUGCUCCUGUACCAUUGCUGUUGGAUGGGUAUUGA